AUGGCUUUCACUCAAAGCAUUCUCUUUGCAUUGAUAGCAUCCGUUGCGAUAGCAGUGCCUACUAUUGAUUUCCCUCUCAACGCACAAGUACCGACCAUUGCUCGAGUUUCGCAACCCUUCUCCUAUACCUAUCCAAAAUCGACAUUCUCCUCCACUUCUUCGAUUACUUACACUCUUUCCAACGGCCCUAGAUGGCUGACACUGGAUGGCUCAACGCGCACCUUGUUUGGCACUCCUUCUGUGGAGGAUAUUGGGCAGGAGACAGUCACAGGAGUGCUUGUUGGGAUAACCGCUAAAGAUAAAACUGGGUCUUCUACUAUGAACUCGACGAUCAUUGUAUCAAGGAACCCUCCACCAACGAUUGACGUACCAACCCCCGAACAACUCUCCACUUUUGGAAGAUUUUCAGCUCCGUCGACGUUGACAUUCCAUCCAUCGACACCUUUCGAAUUCGCCUUCAAUCCUAGCACAUUUGCUAUUGGCGGCAACAACACAGGCUUGAGUUAUUAUGCAGUCACAGACGAGCACACGCCUAUGCCAUCCUGGAUAAAAUUCGACGGCGCCUCCUUGACAUUCAAUGGCCAGACACCUGAUUAUGCAUCACUCAUCCAGCCUCCACAGACCUUUGGGAUCAAACUAAUCGCUUCAGACGUUGAAGGAUUUGAGGGUGCCGCAUUGGACUUUAAUAUCGAAGUUGGGGUUCAUCAGUUGUCUUUCAAGAGGCCACUGAUGACCAUAAAUACUACAGCAGGCAACGAGAUCGUAUUCAAUGGUCUCAAAGAAAAUAUCGAGAUAGAUGAACGCGUUGCCAACUCAUCAUCCAUUGUCAGCAUCUCUGUUGACACCCCGCAAUGGUUAACAUUUGACAAUAAAACCCUCGUGCUGUCCGGUGUACCGCCUUCAGAUACCAUAACCCGAAAUCUGACAGUCACUGCGCUAGACAUAUACGGGGAUACAGCGAAUGCGACCAUAUUUCUUCAACCGAGCAACCCGAUUUUCAACAAAAAGAUCCCCACUCUCAAUGGGACAAUUGGAUCGACCUUCAAGUAUAAUUUGAGCAUGUAUCUAAACAAUCCUGCAGAUGUAGAUCUUGAUAUUGGUGCUAUACCUACGAAGUCUUGGGUUUCAUUAGAUAGCACAGCCCUGGAACUGCGAGGUGACAUACCCUCCUCCGCAAAUUCGGGGGAUAUCGAGAUUACAUUGACCGCGACCUCACGAUCAACUAAACUCAGUGAAACACAAGUGUUCCCGUUUACCGUGCAGGCUGCCAGUCAACCAUUCUCUCCAUCAAGUACAACAUCAAGUCAGCCAACGUCAACGUCAACCCAAGAACACCCUUCAGCUCCAGGGUCACAAUCGGGAGCAAGUGCUAGUCGUAGGCCAAGCAACAAAGCCAUUCUUGCGGUAGUCAUACCGAUCGUUUGCGCGCUCUUGGCGCUGCUGUUGGCACUGUUUUGCUACCGCAAACGACGUCGAGACAAACGGAACCGCCCAAAAAGCCCGUCAAAAUCCGAGAUAUCAAUACCUAUUGAAUGCCAUUCUAGUGUGGAAGAAAUUGUGCUACCUCCUCCGGUAGCAAAGCCACCAACAUUGGAGCUUGAUACCUCAACUUUCGCUUAUACCACUUUCACCCAUGGCUUAACGACAAACGAGCGGCGAUUCUCAAAGCCUCACCCAUCUACAGCAAUCGUACCACAAGACAAAGCUAUGCGAAGAUCUCAGACAGUAUCAGGUGAUGGGGUGGAACGCAGAUCGCAAAUUUUCGCUCACGCGGCAUCACAGGAUGCCCUGAAUGGCAAUACAGGCGGAAGAGUGCGUUCUUAUUCGGAGAAUGCCCUUUCCAAAACAUCAAAGGACUCGAGUUGGAGAUCUACCCAAAGCAGUAAUGUCCUUGGCACACAGUCAUCUCAGACGUUAUCUUCUCACCGAAUAACGCGAACCUAUUCGAACUACUCACGGAAAGGACACACCCGAAGAUCUGCGCGGGUUCUUGAUGCAAAGACUGUUGGGGAUAUAAGGGAUAUGCCCAAUGUUAUGAUUAUCCCCAAUUCAUCUCCACUGGCUUCCACUACAAGGGAAGAGCCGAGCAUUCUAGGCCUAAACGAUAGUGAUUUCUCGUUAACACCACUGGACAAUUUUUCAGUACUCGGAAAAAGCCCUAUUCUGGAACAACCGGACAUUGAGUAUAUACCGGAAGGCACAAACAAUUAUCGCUCGAUCACGAGGAGGGGUUCGCGACAUGUGGCAGGAUUCGAGCGCCGGCGAAGGAGUGGCAUGCCUCAUGGCGUUCGAGGCUCGGGCUCAAUGCACUCCAUCAAGUCCACCAAACGUCGAAGUAUCGGUCAUGGGUCGAUCAACUCCAGUUCACGACACAGGAGCCGACCCAGUUUGGCUCGAAACUCAAGAACUUGGCUCACGGUAGCCACCAAUGAAGUAAAUAGCAGGCCCCUAAGUAACAUUUCUGCCCCAUCUUCGUAUUCAGAAUUAUACCCUGAAGCUCCUUUUCGACCACGGCGAAUGACUGUACGAGCUGUCACCAAGAGUCCUUCGAUUUGCUCUCCGGUAUCUUCCCGAAAUUCACGACCUGUAAGCCGGCGCGUCGGUUCAAGUCCCUUUUUUGGUGGUGGUUCGGUCAUGGGUUCUCAGAGACGGAAGAGUUCGAUGAGAAAACGAACCUCUUACGCUGACUCUCCCACCGUAUCCGAGGAAGGCGGUGUCUUUACCGGUUUCCAAGGCAUGAACUUAGAAGAUCAAGUAGAACGCGACUCUUUCGGAAUCUCCUAUGGUCUUGCUCGCGAAGGUACGCGGCAGUUGAGAAGCUUCAUCCAGGGGCAGCUGAGAAGAAGCAGGACCCGGGGAAGCAUGGAAAGUAGAGAUAGCAGAUUUGACUCUGCAACUACGUCAAUCUUAGCUGAAGAUGAUGCACCGGAAUUAGGUACACACGGCCUUCAUGGGUUCGAGGAGUUUGAGAAUGGUGAGGGUAGUGAAGGAAGCUGGGAGACACACUAUCCUAGUCCUGAGGAUGCGCCUCAAGAAAAUGAGGACGACGGGGAGAGGCCUUUAACUGCGAGGAUGGGCUGGAAAGGAAGACCGUUGGUUGUCGAAGAGGGUAUGAGAAUUGGCAAGAUUGGCCUGGAGGAAGAAAGCUCUAGAGGCAGGGGAAAGGAAGGAGAAAUGAGGGUUAUGAGUUCAUUGGGGAAACGGCCUGUCAGUGUUGAUGCGAGAAGGGGUGAUGUGAAGGGCAGUGUGAGAGGUCGCGUGGAGGGGGCUAGUACAACGCAACGUAGUGGUAGUCCAGAUUGGAGUGCGUAUAUCUAG